AUGCUGGCACGUUGGGUUCUGCGACGCGCGCUGCGCGUUUCAAAGCUGAGAGAAAUAUUAACCCGCACGCGACAGCCAUCACCAAGUCCUUAUAACAACAUCCCAUCAAAUGGCACCAAUGGCCUCCGCAGCAUCAGAAAGCGACAGAGCGUCGCUCAAAAUAUACGAUCAAAUAUUCAAUCACGAAGUAUAGUGACAGACGCUAUUCCAAGCUUUGCCGUACCGCCUCUCAUGUUCAUCGGGCUCCUACUCGGCCUCUGGACCUGGAAAUGCUUCUGGAUCAUCAUCAUGCAAAACAAGCUCCUCUACCUAUCUUGGCUACCUCCAUUCACAAGAGCUGAAGUAAUUUCAGACUAUGAGGCUGAAUGUAGGCCGGUGCGAUGGGAGGAGAAGCAGAUUCGCAGUUUGGAUGGGACUAAAUUGGCUGUUUGUGAGGGUCAGAUCCCGGUCCCUCACAAGGACGAAGAAUGUUUUUUAAAAGCCGGUGCUGUACAAAAUAAAGAUCAGCCCCCAAGACGAAAAAAGUCCGUUGUGAUCUGUUACUUUCAAGGCAAUGGUGGAUCGACUCCUAUGCGAUUGCCUCUUCUCUCUCAGGUCCUGCGCGCAAUUACGGAAAUGACAAGAUCAAGUUCAUCUCCUAUAUCUGAUUCUGACGUCUCUCAAUAUACUAUUGCUGCUGUAUCAUACCGCGGCUACUGGAGAUCAUCUGGCCGCGCCACACAGUCCGGUAUUGAGAUGGAUGCCCAGGCAUUCUUGAAUUGGGUGUCAGAAACAUAUGCGUCCCCAGAAACCAAUCUUGAGAUUGUAAUCUGGGGCCACAGCCUAGGUGCUGCUGUUGCAAGUUCAGCAGUAUCUACAUAUAUUGCCCGUCAACACGAGGGACAAACCUCAAAUACAAGCAGUAACAGGCCUCUGGCGCCUAUCACCAGGCUGAUUUUGGAGGCGCCAACAUCCAGCAUUAAAGAUAUGCUCAUCAGCCUCUACCCUCAGAAAUGGCUUCCAUACAGGUAUCUUUGGCCAUUCUCUUGGAAUACCUGGGAUAUCAAGGCGAAGAUGAAACAGAUGGCUACAUGGCGAGACCAACCCGGGUCUCAAAUUCCCAACCCUGAAGCUACACCAUCAAUACGUCGCUCGCUUCCACCGAUCCUUCUUCUCUCCGCCGAGAAAGAUGAAGUGAUUCCAUCAUACGUACCAGGGCAGUUAGAACAACACGCCAAGUCUCUCGGCUUGGAAAUCGAGAGAAAAGAUGUCCUCGGCGCCAUGCAUAUAGAGGCACCACUCAAACUGGAUGGUAGGAAGGCAAUGGUGCAAUUUAUCCUGAACGGCACGUCCGCUUCCAGGACAUAA